AUGCUUUUAAAGUUGACCGAUGGAAGAGAGGAAGUGGUACGCUUUGAUAAAAUUGCAAGUCGGAUUGAGAAACUGUCUGAGGGCCUUGACAAGGAUUACGUCGACCCAAUUGAAGUGGCACAAACAGUUAUCACUGGUUUAUUUCCUGGUAUUACUACAACUCAAUUGGAUGAGCUUGCAGCAGAAGCUGCUGCUAAUUUAAUAGGGAAACAUCCAGACUAUGGGCUUCUUGCGUCGAGAAUAGCCGUUUCUAAUCUUCAUAAGAAUACAGCCAGCGACUUUUCUGAAGUUAUCGGUAAGCUCUUUAACGUAAAAGCUCCUAGGGUGCAAAAAGACGCGCCCCUCGUUAGCAAGAGCCUGUAUGAUCUCGUACAGGCAAAUAAAGAACGUUUUAACUCAAUAAUUAGGCACGACCGGGAUUAUUUAUUCAACUUUUUUGCGAUCAGAAAGUUGGAGGAAAUGUGCUUAUUAAAGAUUGAUGGUGUAGUAAUUGAACGGCCACAGCACAUGUUUUUACGAGUUGCUUUGAGCUUAAAUGGAGAUGAUCUAGAUGCUGCUGUUGAGACCUAUGACUUGAUUUCGGAGCACUGGUAUUCUUAUGAAAUUUCAACGCUGUGCAAUAGCGGUAUGCCUCGGCCACAAAUGGCGUCUAGCUUCUCGGUCAUAAUGCAGGAAGACAGUAUUGAUGGAAUUUUUGAAACUGUAAAAAAAUGCGCAUUAAUAUCAAGAUGUAGUGGCAAAAUUGGACUUGCAGUUCACAAUAUUCGUUCUACUGGAUCUCCUAUUUUUGGUACUUGUGGGGUAUCCAAUGGUCUUAUACCAAUGUUACGUGUAUUUAAUAGUUCUGUGCGAUACAUUGAUCAGGGUGCUUGUAGGAGGCCUGGUGCAGUGGCAAUCUACCUUGAACCAUGGCAUGCGGAUGUAAUGCAGACUUUCGAACUGAAAAAGAAGGUUGGCGAUGAGCUAGAGAGAUGCAGAGAGCUCAAUUUUGCACUUUGGGUUCCCGAUCUUUUUAUGAGGCGAGUUAAAGAAAAUGGAAAAUGGUCACUUAUGUGCCCUGCAGAAUGUCCUGGGCUCGAACAGUCAUGGGGAGAAGAGUUCGAGAAAUUAUACACCAAAUAUGAGGAAGAAGGACGAUUUAGAAAACAGCUUGACGCGAGGAAGGUUUGGGAAACUAUAGUGACAGCACAAAUUGAAACAGGAAUGCCAUAUAUUUUAUACAAGGAUGCCUGCAACAGAAAAAGUAACCAAAAAAAUUUGGGCACACUAAAAUGCUCCAGCAUGGAUGCCGACAUAGUUCAAUUUUGCACAAGCAAUGAAAGUGCUCUUUGUGAGAUGGCUUCAAUUGCAGUAAACAAAUUUGUUACAGCCGAAAAAGAAAUAGAUUACCAACUUCUACACGAGACGACUAAAAAAGUAACUUAUACGUUGAACAAAAUGAUUGAUGUCAACUACUAUCCUCUUUCGGAAACAGAACUUUCCGCUAAGCGUCAUAGGGCGAUCGGAAUAGGAGUACAAGGGCUUGCUGAUGCAUUUCUUCUGAUGAGGUGCCCAUUUACAAGCCCCAAGGCACGUAACGCCAACAGAAAAGUAUUUGAAACUGUAUAUCACGGAGCGUUAGAAGCAUCUUGCGAGCUGGCUGUGAAAGAUGGUCCAUACGAAACUUUCAAAGGCUCUCCAGCAAGUGAAGGGUUGUUACAAUUCGAUAUGUGGGGCGUGAAGCCGAGUGAUCAGUGGGAUUGGGAACGCUUGAAGUUGGAAAUAGUUAAACACGGACUACGCAACAGUUUAGUAACGGCGCAGAUGCCGGCAGCUUCCUCUGGACAGUUGUUGGGAAGCAAUGAAGGUGUGCAACCGUACAUGACAAACGUUUAUUCUCGCCAUUUGUCUACGGAUUUCCAGAUAUUCAAUCCACAUCUUGCCAAAGAUUUAUUUAAACUUGGUUUGUGGGACGAAGAAAUGAGGGUUGACAUUGUUGUCAAUAAAGGAUCGAUUCGAGAAAUAUCGCGAAUCCCUUCCGAAAUACGAGAAUUGUAUAAAACAGACCUUAUAGACAUGGCCGUCGAUCGCGCUCCGUUCAUUGACCACUCACAGUCAUUGGAUGUUUAUAUUGCUAAUCCUACGUUUGCAAACUGUACCAGUAUGCAUUUUUAUGGAUGGGAAAAGGGUCUGAAAACGGGCCUGCGAUAUCUGAAGACACGUUCAGCUUUGGAGUCGGAAAUUCACUUCUCCACAGAAAAAGCUCGAGUUUGGGAGGAGGCUGUGAAGAAACACGAGACUGAAGUGCUUAAUGAAGCUAUAACUUGUGCUCGUUGA